AUGAAUACCACCACUGUCUUCGGACCACCACCGCCUGGCGUGAACCUUGAAGACGAUAGGACUUCUCAGGACAAUGCUGUUGUCGCAACGAUAUGCGUUCUUUCUAUACUUACUGUCCUUCUCCGGUAUUUUGUAAGACUUCAUAUCCAAGGAGCGAGGCUGGAAGUCGACGAUUGCUUGGUUGGUGCUUCUGUUGUUCCACUAGCAGUACUGCUUGCUAUAUCUCUCCUUGGUGGUUAUCACGGAUUUGGGAAACAUGUUUGGUGCACGACAUUGGAAGACAUGGUUAUUAUGAAGAAAAGCCUGUUCGCAUGCUGCUUACUAUAUCUUGUCGAACUCCUCCUGAUAAAGGUCUCAAUCCUUAUGUUCUAUCGCCGAAUCUUUGGCAUGAACUGGAUGAUUUGGGGCUGCCUUAUCAUAUCCGGUUGCUGGUGCAUAGGGAGUAUGAUCGCAGCUCUAUGUGCUUGCCAGCCAGUCUCAUAUUUCUGGAACGAACUCACUGAUCCCACUUCUGGGAGAUACCGAUACAAUUUCUACUAUUAUUAUAUCGGCAACGGAACCGCCAAUAUGGUAACCGAUGUUCUGAUCUUACUCGUCCCAAUGCCGAUUAUUUGGAGGCUCCAAAUUCGAACGGGCCAGAAGAUUGGAGUAUGCAGUAUUCUGCUCCUUGGAGGCUUGUAUGAUAUUAUAUUUUCACUCACUUUGCCGGAUUCCAACGCUAAUAUGAUACUUUUGAUUAGCGUCUGCGUCGCAAGCAUUGUCCGCAUCUACUACAUCACCUUCCUCGACGGUAACAUGGACUUAACAUGGGCCUUAAGCGAUGUCAAUGUGUGGUCAACAGUUGAGCCUUGCAUCGGUAUAAUCUGCGCCUGUUUACCAGCUCUACAACCACUUAUCCGCUUAAUAGCCAAAAGGAUACCCAGCAAACAACAUUUCGGAGCUGGACGAAGGACGGCUACAAUUCAACGGCCAAGGCCCUUCAGCAGACACACAAAGAGCAGGAAAAGUAGUAUACAUGAGGUGUGGCAUGGCCAACAACAAGACUGCGAUUCGAGUAUGAAACCCUUUUUCCGCUCGGGGGAAGAUCAAAUGCGUUUAAACACCAUCACGACCCGCGUUGAGAUGGAGCAGGAUUCAAAACAGAGGGAUAGCUUAGAGGAGAGAUUGGAUCCUAUGGCCAUUCGUGUUAAGCGAGUUGUGCAUUGGAGUGUGGAUUAG